GUUGCCGUGGUCGCCAUGUUGCUGAAUGAAAUUAUCCUAGCUCCAAAACAUUGAAAAGCGGCUAGCAAUAUCAGUAUUUUAUAUUUCAAGGAAUAGCACUCAUUACAGUAUGUGACCAUUUGUAAACAUGACUUAGAAUUUAUUUAACUACAACAGAAGCCCUACUUCCUAAUAUUGUGUGUAGACAUAACGGUGUCACGCAAUGCACCAUGGAAGUGGAUCACAGAAUAUGCAACGACAGCUUCAAAAAUCAAAGUCUGUCAGUGGGUCUGAAGCAGAGGAGCAGCAACAACAGCAGUCAUCCAUGGCAGUUACACAGCAGCAGGCUACAGUUUGCCAUCCUCAAUCUCCUGUGACUACUUUCUCCACCGCUGCCAGCCCUUCAGCCCCCCAGUCACCCAAUUAUCAAAUAAUCAUGAGUCGAAGCCCAGUCACAGGCCAGAACGUAAACAUCACAUUACAAAAUGUGGGACAGAUGGUGGCUACUAACCAGCAUAUCACUCUAACCCCACUUCCCAUCCAGAACCCUGCAUCCCCUGGUUUCCAGCAUACUACAUCUCAGUGGAGGUUUGAACAUGCACCAUCCUCCUACAUGCAGGUCACCUCCCCUGUACCUCAGCCCAUUCAACCCCAAAGCCCCACUCAGCAUAGCCCAGUCCCUCUGCAAGGUGUCACAAGGCCAGGAGCCCCCCCAACAGCAUUGGGAGUGUGUGGACAGAGCCCAACACGAUUUGUUGAAGCUGGCAUGUUAGUGCGGCAAAUCAGCAGCCCUUCUGGGGGAGGCCACUUUGUUUAUCAGGAGGGAACGGGACUAGCCCAGAUUGCACCAGCUACGACUGUCCAGGUACAACUAUCCUCUCCAGGAGCACCAGGCUCUGUGAGGGAGCGUCGACUCUCUCAGCCUCACUCUCAGACUGGAGGCACCAUCCACCACCUUGGACCUCAAAGUCCUGUUGCCACUGGUAAUACUCUCUCCACUCUAAACAGCCCUGGUCACAUCACCACUUCCAGCCUACCUCCACAAAUCAGCAGUAUAAUUCAAGGACACUUGGCUUGCCCUAUGAUAUUUGAGAAGCCGACACAAGGUGUGGUUGCAGGUGUAGGAACCACUGCUACAGCGUCAUUCAGCUUACCUUCCUCCAUUCCACCCUCUAGCCCAUCCCUCACUAGUCCCCCCCAAGGAAUCCCCAAUAAUGCUCUAGCAUCCUCUAUCAUGACUGCAGGCACUGUGAAGAAGCAGGUUCCCAAGAAAUUAGAGGAAAUUGCUGCUUCUACUCCAGAGAUUGCCCAAUUGAGAACACAGUGCUUGGAGAAUCACACCAAGAAGAUGGAGAACCUGAAAGAAGUGUUCAAAGAAUAUCUGAUUGAACUUUUCUUCCUACAACACCUCCAAGGGAACAUGAUGGACUAUCUAGCUUUCAAAAAGAAGCCAUGUUCUCCCUUGUAUACUUAUUUGAGACAGAAUGACUUGGACCUUGAGGAUGAUGAAGAAGAGGAGGAGCAGUCGGAGGUUAUUAAUGAUGAGGUAAAGGUUGUUACUGGAAAGGAUGGUCAAGCAGUGACACCAGUUGCCAUAGCAACACAACUCCCUCCCAAUGUUUCUGCUGCUUUCUCUACCCAGCAGCAGUUUCAGGGACACCAGGGGUCUGCUUCUGGCACCAUUACUAACGCCGGAGACAUGGAUGCCUUUAAGAGGCAACAGGCUUUGGUGCAAGGAGGCGGGAUGCCGCCCACUCCUCAAGCAGUCCAGAUUGCUGGGCAGAAGCAGAACCAGCAGCAGUAUGAUCCAUCCAAAGGACCCCCAGUACAGAAUGCUGCUAGCUUGCACACCCCUCCUCCCCAGCUACCUGGCAGAUUGCCUCAAGGUGUCCUCCCUAUGGCAGGCCUGCCCAUGGCAAUCCCUCAGCAGGCUCAGUUAGUAGAAAAUUCAGCUCAGCCUGGUGGUCAGCUCCAGGCACAGGUGAAAGUGCAGGCAAGUGGACCUGUUCUGGCUACAGUUAAUCCCCACACACAGCUCCAGGCCCAGCUGCAACAGCAGAUGCAACCAGGAAUUCAUCUCCAGAUUCAACCCCAGCAACAACAGUCCCAGGCUAUUCUUCAGUCAGGACAAGCGACGGUGGCACUUGCUCGCCCUGGAUUGGAGCCAAACCAGCCAGUUCAAAGAAUGAUGGCCAACUCUGUGUCAAUAACUUCUGUUUCUCCUGCUCCAAACUGUACUCCAGCUCCCCAUACGGCGAGUUCUCUUCGUCCUCUCGGUUCUAAUGUCAACCCAAGCACCCAGUCCAAACUAACUGGAACCAACGGCAUAUCUGCAGUUAAAAUAAGUGGCUUUGGUCAAAAUACAACUAUGCAGUCCUCUCAGGAAGCUUCUCAAGAUAAGCAAGUUGAGCAGGCCAAACUGGAGAGUCAAGUACAUCAACGCAUUUCUGAGCUAAGAAAGGAGGGUCAGUGGUCAGCCAGUAGACUCCCCAAACUUGUUGAGGCUUCACGUCCCAAGUCCCAUUGGGACUAUCUCCUGGAGGAGAUGCAGUGGAUGGCAGCUGACUUUGCCCAGGAGAGAAGAUGGAAGGAGGCUGCUGCUAAGAAGCUUGUUCGCACAUGUGCCCGUUACCAUCAAGAGCAGAAGAAAAGUGAAGAACAAUCACUGAAAGAAAGGGAAAUUAAUCUUCGUCACAUUGCCAGCACAAUUGCACGAGAGGUGGAAUUCUUCUGGUCAAACAUUGAGCAGGUUGUGGAAAUUAAACUUCAGUUUCAAUUUUAUGAGAAGAGGCUGAAAGCACUUAGCCUACAAAAAGCCACAGUGUCUGGUCAUUCAUCUGGAGAGAAUGCUGAUAAAGCGGAUGCGACCAUCUCUGCUAAAAAAAGAAAAUUGAGUUUGUCCUUAGUUGAUGAAGAUGUGACAGAUGAAGAGAGCACCAUAGAGGAACAGGAGAGCAUGGAAGGAGAAGCAGACCACCAAACAGAACUUGCUGACCUUGCCAAAGAUGCUGGGAUGCCUCUUGAUGCUCUGGUGAAACAGUAUGCUGGUGCCUAUGCUGAUGGCUUUGAUUGGCCUCAGCCCAGUCCUCGUGGUGAUGAGGAUGACAUGGCAGAGACUGAAGAAAUGGAGUCCCUGGCAAGCAGUCCACCUGAGGCAGUGCUGAUUGAGUCUCUGCUUAGUGUGGACCAGUAUCGUGGUCCUGACAAAGCCACAUCUUCUGACUCUGAUGGGAAGCCUGGAAGAGACAUAGCUGAAGUGGCUGCUGCAACAGAGCUCAUCCUGCCUAAAGGCAGCCUCAGAACCACUUCAUCAACUCGCAGCCCAGCACCUUUUCUGUUGCAUGGUUUGCUGCGAGAGUACCAGCAGAUUGGUGUGGACUGGCUGGUAAGCCUUCACAAGAAACACCUCAAUGGCAUUUUAGCUGAUGAGACAGGACUGGGCAAAACUGUACAGACAGUGGCUUACAUGGCCCACUUAGCUGGCCAGGAAGGCAUCUGGGGACCCCAUCUUAUUGUAGUAAGGACUUGCAAGUUGUUAAGUUGGGAGCUGGAGUUUAAGCGCUGGUGUCCCGGCCUUAAAAUUCUUUUGUACCUGGGCAAUAGAAAAGAGCGCAGAUCUAAAAGAAUGUGGUGGGACGAAUCCAACAGCUUUCAUGUGUGUGUGACAUCAUACAAGCUGCUGAUGAAAGACCAGAGUCAUUUUCUGAAAAGGAAAUGGAGCCAUCUGGUUCUAGAUGAAGUGCAACAUAUCAAAAACCUGACGGAGAAACACUGGGAGAUGAUCUUUGCUGUCAGAAGUGAACAGAGGAUUCUUCUCAUCAACACUCCUCUACAGAACACACUCAAAGAGUUGUGGACCAUGAUCCACUUCCUGUUGCCAGGAAUCACCAGGCCUUACUCUGACUUUCCUGUUAAGGCAGGCACAGAUCAGAACCAGGACUACUGCCACAAACUGGUCAUCCGCCUGCACAGGAUGAUUCAACCGUUUAUCUUGAGACGUUCCAAAAGGGAUGUGGAGAAACAGCUCCCCAAGAAAUAUGAGCACAUCCUAAAGUGCCGUCUCUCUAGCAGACAGAAGAGCCUUUACGAGGAUAUUCUCACUCAGCCAGGGGCUCAAGAAGCACUGAAGACUGGCCAUUUUGUCAGUGUGCUUCAGGUUUUGAUGCAGUUACAGCGAGUGUGUAAUCAUCCUGAACUGGUGGCACCCAGAGAAACCAGCAACUCCUACUCCUGUUCCUCUCUUCAGUACAGUGUUCCAUCACUGGUGCUGAAAGCUAUGGAGCGUGACUCAAGCAAGAUCGCAAACCUGUCCAUAUUUGAUCUGAUCAAUAAUGAGAACAGACUGACUCGUUAUCAGACUGAAGAGUCAUUACCCAAACUAAAGGUCACCCAGCAGCUGAUAGAGGAAAUCUACACUGGUCCAGAGCCACCAUCAAAACCCAAGCCAUGUCCAAUAAAACCUAUGAGAUUGUUCCAACCAGUUCAGUAUGGGACAAAGCCAGAGGGUCGUUUAGCUGCCUUUGCAAAUGCAACAGGCCAGCGUCCUCCAACAAGCUCUCCCCUUACUAGCACCUGUCCUUCUACCACCAGCCAGGCAGGCCAGACCAGGGGCAAGUCCCCUGUCACCACUGCAAUGACGACUCCCACUUCUCACGCCAUUGGAACAGCUACUCAGAGAGUCCAGGCUACUACUCCUGUCAGCAGCAGCAACAACACUGCAGCCUCUUCCGUAGCCUCCUCUGGGAACAGUGGCAUUGGGCAACAUGUGUUGGGGGCUACCCCUGUGGCCUUGGCCCAGACCUUAACUGGUGCAGUUGUGGGCUCUGUGGCUCCCAUCAGUCAGCCUGGAUUAACACCCCAGGUCCCCAGGCCAGCUUUAGUCCCCAGCCAUGCCAGUCAGCCCAGUUUAUUGUCCCAGAGGUUGGUUCUUACAUCUCAGGCCCAGGCACGAUUGCCUAGUGGAGAUGUAGUGAAGAUUGCCCAGCUGGCCAACAUAGCAGGCAGUCAGAAUCGUAUCUCCCAGCCAGAGACUCCAGUCACUCUGCAGUUUCAGGGGAACAAGUUCACUUUGUCACCCAGUCAGCUCCGACAGCUCACCACUGGACAGCCCUUGCAGCUCCAAGGUACACUCGGGAACAUCCUGCAAAUUGUGUCAGCUCCAGGGCAGCAGAUCAUAAGGCCCCAGGGAUCCAUGGUAAUGCAAACAAUGCCUCAAGCUGUUCCUGCCUCCAGUGCCUCUGCUACACCUGGUACACCUCAUCCUGCUCUGUCAGCAGCUCAGCAAGCGUUGGGUGUGACUGCAAAUGCUACAUCUUCCCCCACUAAGCUUGCUCCUGCAGGUCAGGGUGGUACACAGGUUCAGGAACCUUCGGAAGAAAAGAUUCUACUGCUGAAACAGCGUUUGAGCCGUUUGUUUGAAGCAAACGAGCAGCGCUGUAGCCGCAGAGUGCUGUAUGGGUCCGACCUGCUGCAGGCGUGCACUUUGAGCCCAGAACCUGGUCAUUCUGCCCUGACAGCUGGAGGCUGGAGGUGGGUGGGUAGAGAGACCUGCCUGAGGGCUCAGAGAACCUGCGUGGGUACCACUUCUACGCUGAAGUCCUCUCUGCUUUCUGUGAACAACAACAUGGAGGCUUCCAGUGGCCUUAUCAAGAGGGUGAUGUGUGUGGUGCCUCCAGCUGUAGCUCCACCUCCUCGCUUGUUUGCAGCCAUUCCCACAGUUCCCUGCAGCCUGGAGCAGUCCUUUCACAAACAGCUACAGGGGGCUUCUGCCCCCUACAUGGAAGGCAUCCACCAUUUAGCAGCCAGGCAUCUCUUCAGUCAUCCUGACUUACAGUUGAUGCAGAUGGACUCAGGUAAGCUGGAAGCACUUGCCAUUCUGCUGCAGAAGCUCAGAUCAGAGAGUCGGCGUGUCCUCAUUUUUACUCAAAUGCUGAAGAUGCUCGACAUCCUGGAGGCCUUCCUGGACUACAGGCAGCUCACGUAUGUGCGCAUUGAUGAAAGCUUCACUUUUGACGAAAGACAGGAGAAUAUGAAGAAGUUUAACAGGAACAGACAGGUGUUCUGCAGCAUCCUGACCAACCGCUGCUGCUCAGCAGUUGGGACCAUGAUUGAUGCAGACACCAUCAUCUUCUACGACACAGACCUUAAUCCAAGCAUGGAUGCUCGCACCCAGGAGUGGUGUGACAAAAUAGGACGCUCAAAGGAUAUACAUAUAUACAGGUUGGAGAGUGGGAAUUCCAUUGAAGAGAAACUGCUGAAGAAUGGCACCAAGGACCUCAUAAGAGAGGUGGCUGCCCAGGGUACUGACUACACUUUGGCUUUCCUUACCCAACGGACAAUCCAUGAUCUCUUUGAAGUGGAGGCGGGCUCAGGGGUGAAGGUGGAGGAGUUUGUGGUUCUUCACCAAGAGCCAUCAGCAUCCGAAGCCAUUUCUCCCAAAGUGGCAAGACCCUACAUCCAGGCUCUCCACAGCAUAAACCUGGAUGUCCAGCCAGAGGGCAAACAGGCGGAGGAGAAAUCGGGAGGCCAAGAGUCAACAGAGGAGUCAGUGAGUCAAGUUAAAGAAGAACCUGUACAGAUAGAGGAGCUAAAUGCAGUUAUGGAACAGCUAACGCCUAUUGAAAGAUAUGCCCUGCACUAUCUGGAGUAUCUCCACGUCAGUGACGAUGAAGCUGCACUAAAAGAACAGCUGGAGUGCGCGAAGAGAGGCUGGGAGUUGCAGCAGCUGCAGAAGCUGAAGGAGGAGGAGGAGGAGCGCCAGAUGACAGAGGGAGAAGAAGAUCUGUUUACAUACACCAGAGAGGAUGCAUACAACAUGGAGUAUGUGUUUGAUGCAGAGGACGGUCAUACAGAAAUUAUGCCGCUUUGGACUCCACCUACACCACCGCAGGAUGACAAUGAUAUUUACAUUGAUUCGAUGAUGAUGCUAAUGUAUGACACCACACCUAUGCCAGAGUCCAAACUGCCUCCAGUCUACAUUCGCAAGGAGCAUAAGAGACUCAAGAUGGACCCCUCAGCAGCCAGAAAGAAGAAGAAGGGACACGGAGAGACGGUGAUACCCCCACGCUCGCUUUUCGAAAAGGCCAGCAUGCUCAAAGUCCGCCGUGAGGGAAAAGACCAGAAAAAGAACUUUUCCCUCAAGCAGCAGGCGCCCUUUGCCAAGCCCCUACCCUCGCUGGUUAAAACGUCCGUGGAGGCAGGUCAGGACAACCCAGAGUGGCUCAUCAGUGAGGACUGGGCUCUGCUUCAGGCUGUAAAGCAGCUCCUGGAGUUGCCUCUAAACUUGACAAUCGUGUCUCCUGCCCAUACACCUAACUGGGAUCUGGUGAGUGAUGUUGUGAACUCCUGUAGCCGCAUCUACCGCUCACCCAAACAGUGUCGCAACCGCUAUGAGAACGUCAUCAUUCCCAGAGAAGAGGGCAAGUUGGUGUAUGAGGCAAACCCUAAGAAGAAAACCAAGAGCAUUUACAAGUCCAAGAACAGCCGUCCUCUAAGGACCUGUCAGAUCUACACACAGGAUGACAAUGCCUCUCAAAUUCAACUGUACAACAGUCGCUUUGAACUCAUGAAAAUAAUUGCCAGCAAGAGGAGCCCACCAAUCAAACCACUGCUUGGAAUGAAUCCAUUUCAGAAGAAUCCCAAGCAUGCGUCAGUCUUGGCAGAAAGUGGGAUCAGCUAUGACAAGCCCCUGCCCCCCAUUCAGGUGGCAUCUCAGCGUGCUGAAAGGAUUGCCAAGGAGAAAAAGGCCCUUGCAGAACAACAGAAGGCCCAGCAAUUGGCCCAGCAGCAAGCUGGAGCUCCCCAGGCCGGGGCGACACCUGGUCAAGCCCAAACUCCUGCUGCUGGCCAAGCUCAAGUCCCUCAGGCAGCUGCAGUAACUGGAGCUGCUACAGUGCCUAAUGCAGCAGUACUAGCUGGAGCCAUAAAGAACGCCACCGUUGGCACAACCUUACAGGCUGCCACAGUAGGGGGGAAUGUGAUUGUGAACACAGUCUCUGGAGUUCCUCCAAGUCCCUUCCAGGCCAACAAACGCUUGGCAUCUCCAGUUAUACCAGGCACCCUCUCUCCUGCAGGCACAGCUGGAGCCCAGGUGGUCCACGCACAACAGAGGGCUGUUACAGCUGUUACAGCUGCUGCUGCCCCUGCUGAAGUGGUCACUAUAGGUCAGGGUGUUAGAGCUGUGACCCCAGUGACUGCAUCUGCAGUAGUUUCUACUACUCUUAGCCCAGUGCAGCCACAAACCCGCCCACUGGGCCCUCAGGUUACAUCAGCUACUGGUAUUCAGUUGCCACAGAAGCCUCUCAACCAGGCACACCUGCAGAUGCUGCGUCAACAGCAGCUGCAGCUGCAGCAGCAGCAGACUGCUUCCCCACAGAUAAAAGCUGUUGGCAAACCUCAGGAGAUGUUAAAGAUGCCGAAACAUAAGUUGCAGCAGCAGCAGGUAGCUGCUGCAGUGGCAGCCGCAGCAGCCCAGGGCCAACAGGCUUCAGGGACCCAGCAGACCGUCCAGGUACAGCCUGCACAGGCCGCACAAGCCAGUCCCCAGCUAGCAGCUGUGGCAGCACCCAGACCCGGAACCGUACUGACUGGCACUUCUGUAAACACCCUGCAGGUGACCAGAGUGGCUCGAGUGUCCACUCAGGGCCAGAUUCAGGCCCAAGCAGGACAGACUGCUCAGGUGACCCUCACUAAGCCCCCUGUGGUGUCAGCUGUGGUCUCAUCAACUGGAGUCACUCCUCUGCCAGUAACAGGCAUCAGUAUGGCCAUUGGUCAACCCCAGAAAGCAGGUGGUCCCGGGCUGCCACAGACCUUCCCCCAGAUGCAGGUCCAGCAGCUGCUUCAGAUGAAGAAGCAUCAGCAGACUGCAGCUCAGCAGAAAGCAGGACAGCCACAGCAAGGACAGGCCACUGUCCAGCAGAAGAUUGGCACCCAGCAGGUGACCGUACAGGCGGCACAGUCAGCACAGCAGCAGCAGAAAGUGACCUAUGCUGCCACCACCCAACUUCAACCUGGAAUCAAAACCCAGUUCUUCACUACUUCCAUUGCUCAGACCCAAAAGUCCACUGGAGCACAACAAAUCCAGGUGGCUAAGCUCCCACAAAUAGUGCAGCAGCAGCCAGCAGUGGCCAAUAUUCAGCAGAUUGUGUCUUCUCCUCAGCAGAUCCAGGCUCAGCCUCAGACUGUAACUCUGACCCAAGCAGCCACUUCAGCUCCUACUCAGGUGCAGAUGAUUCCUGUAGGCACCGCGACCGCCCAGGUGGUCCAGCAGAAGAUCAUCCAACAGCAGGUGGUGACAGCUACUGUCUCGCCCCAGAUCCAGACACCACCUCCACACAGCCCCGCUCAGCAGUCUGCUGCACAGUCUGCUGCAGAGUCCCCAGUACAGCAACCCACCCAGCCCCAACAGCCCACUAAGAGUCAAGCUCGCCAAGGGGGAAUCAGGGCCAAAACUCCUGCCAAGCCCAGUGGGGGGAGCAGCUAGGAAUUUAUUCUAAUGAAACUACAUCCAAGUGUUCCCCUGUAGUAUGUACAUAUAGUGCAGAUAUCUGGCCACAUUUUUAAAAACACCAAACCUCUUCCCCACCCAGUUGUGAUCCAGUAUGCAGCAUAAUUUUAGCGCUAAUAACUAAACUGUACUGGCAGAUCAGUCAGGAUCUGUCAGUAUUUUUGGUGAACACCAUAACUAUGUCAUGCUGAAUCAACAUUUUUCUGUCCCCCAUUAGAUUCAGAUGUCAGUCGUUUCUUAAAAAAUUAUAACUUCAUUAUCUAGCCACACAGCUACUGCCCAGUCUAUCACACACAUCACUCACAAACGUCUUAUAAUCACAUGACUAUAAGACUUAGACACUGAGGCUGAGGAGAGUCAUUCUGCAUUAGGGAAUGAGCUCUCCAUUAGAUUAUAAGUGUAUUCAUAAUUAGUCUCUUUUAUGUCUGAUUCAUCUAGAUAAAUUAAUGGAAAAUGAUGCACGUUUCUUUAGUCAUUUGUAUUUUUAUUUACGUAAAAACACUGUAAACAUGUACUUUAGUACUUUGUGUUUGCUCAGUCUUUUUUUUUUUUUAAUUGAUGUUAAAGGAGAAAAAAUGUAAAUAUCAACAAAAACAUUUGUACUUGUAAAGUAGUUGUGUUUUCAUUGGAUUUUUCUGCCUAAUUGUAAUAAAGUGUUUUGUUUUUAUACACAAAUUCAUCUUUUCCUUUCAUUAAAAUG